GAGACUGCGCAUGCGCGUCACUAGACGACACGGCUGUCUUCAUUCCUGGAGAAUUUCUCAAGGACUGCUGGCUGGAAACUUAACGGCUAAUGUGGAUCUGACCGUAGUUUGCCAAAUUAAGAAAACGUUUUUACCCUGUUGAAGAUUUGCUUUAACUUCAAAAGCGAUGACAAGACAGUAUGGACACCCCUUCAGGACCAACCUGAUAAGUCACUGAGACGGGGUUUCACCGUGUUAGCCAGGAUGGUCUUGAUCUCCUGACCUCGUGAUCCGCCUGCCUCGGCCUCCCAAAGUGCUGGGAUUACAGGCGUGAGCCACCGCGCCCCGGCAGCAAAGAUGGAGUCUCACUCUGUUGCCCAGGCUGGAGUCCAGUGGUGCGAUCUCGGCUCACUGCAAGCUCUGUCUCCCAGAGGUCUCACAAGGUCAAGGCUCCACAAGGCUCAGUGCUAAAGGAGAGGAAUCUUAAAAAUGGUUUUUCUUUCGUUUAAAGAUGACACACUCUGAAAUUAAUUUGAUUUUGAGAUUUGAGAACUUGGACAUACAUACUUCCUAUGGAAGGAGUCAUGCUAUACUGAAAAGACACUUGAUCAAGAGAACUCUGGGAGAAGCAGAAAACCCUGUGCCAGGGACAGGAAAGAUAGGAGAAAGAAAGUUUAUCAGAAUUUUUUUAACCUGUCUCAGAAAUAACAGCAUAUUUUAAUCAGAGAUUUCACCUGUGCCACAGGCCACCAUGGAUCUGCACCUCGAUGCCCUUCGGAGUCAUGAGAGUGCAAGCAAUAGCAGCUCAGGAAGCAGCAGCAGAGGAGACCAGAAAGGCUGAAGCUUCAGAGAUCACCUGCCAAACACAGGCUGAACCUGACAGCAUGUCACACCAGGAUGUUGCUAUGAGGACAGAUUCAUCAAAAAUGACUGAUGUGGAGUCUGGGGUCGCCAAUUUUGCAUCUUCAGCAAGGGCAGGCCGCCGGAAUGCCUUACCAGACAUCCAGAGUUCAGCUGCCACAGACGGAACCUCAGAUUUGCCCCUCAAACUGGAGGCUCUCUCCGUGAAGGAAGAUGCAAAAGAGAAAGAUGAAAAAACCACACAAGACCAAUUGGAAAAGCCUCAAAAUGAAGAAAAAUGAAGGCUUAUAAUCUAUCAAGAGUGCUGAAUUUCCGCAUGUUGAAAGACUUAGUGGUUCUGUUUUCCUGAGACAUUUAAUCUGGUGGUAACUGUGGUAACAUUGCAGCCCUAAGCAGCAUGUGUAUAUUAGAUAAUUGUGUUGUGAUGCUACUCACUUUGAUUGCAAUGAUGAUGUCCAAUGUAAGCUAUUAAAAGGCAGGUUACUUCCAAAUCGCACUGAAGGAAAAGGUUAAGAAUAAUACAUGAUCACGGAAAUGCAUACCACUGUCUGUAAACCCAAAAAAAUUCACUGUUCUCUUUUGGAUUUAUUUAGCCUGAUGUAUUUUUAAUUCAAUUUUUAUGGUGAUGGGCAAAUCAUUCUUGGUAAAUGUAAAUCAAACAUGAUUGAUUUAAAACUUCAUGAAAUUUGUAGAAAAUUGUGGACAUUUUUGGUGAGAAAGAACAAUAGUCAAAACUCACAUGGAUAGAGUGUGUUUGUUUUUUGCCAAAAAUGCCCCAGACUUUUUCCCAAACCUCAAAAACGUCUUGGAAAAAUUGUAAAAGUUUGAUAACAGAAACAUCUUUAGGAUAUUUUUGUCUGACAUAUUUUGCUUCUAGUAUGUGCCUACUGUGAUUUUUUUCAUGUGGAAAAUGCAAAAUUUGUAACAAAAUGGUUAUAUGGAACAUGCCUAUUAAAUGAAUUUUACUAUCUUCCCUAA